UCCAAAUCUGCCACCAGAGGGAACACGACACCAAAUCACACCUCAUACCCACAAAACAUUGAAAGUUUAGUUUUGCAUUGGGCACCGCUCACCAAACUCAGUCUUCCAGACCUUUAUAUUUGAUUAAUAUGAUUUUGAGCAAGGUUUUCAGAUGUGUCUUAUGCUUCAUUCGUGAUUUCCCCUUGAGUAAGAAGCGGUGAGCACGCGUGCGUGUGUGUGUGUGUGUAUGGCAAUCAGCAAAAAGUGCAUAUAGUACACCCCAUAUGUGUGAUCACAGCAAAAGCCUCGAGACGCGACCAGCCGAGGCCCCUCUGCAGCGCGCGCGUGUCGCCUCCUCUAUGUGCGUAGCGAAGGCUCCACCUUUCAAGCAUUGCAGUGACCUCAGCAGCAGUGGGCUGAACUGAGCUGGGUGGGAUUUUCAGUCUCGUAUUCCCGAUCUCGUAUUCAAGGAUCACGAUUUAACGGUGUAUGUGACGGAGCGAAUACGCGUUUAGCCGGCUGGCGCGGAACGGUGCAGGGUUUGUGUUCGUGUUUGCGUGCAUCUAACGAUAGGGAUCAAAUAAACGAGGAAUGUGGGAUUUACAGAAUGCCCAACAGCGUUGGAAAAAGAUUUAAACCCACCAAAUACAUCCCGGUGUCCACUGCCGCCACCCUUCUGGUGGGAUCCACUACUUUAUUCUUCGUUUUCACGUGUCCGUGGUUAACCAAGGCCAUCUCACCUGUUGUGCCUCUAUACAAUGGCAUCGUCUUCCUCUUUGUGUUGGCCAACUUCAGCAUGGCCACCUUCAUGGAUCCUGGAGUCUUUCCCAGAGCGGAUGAGGACGAAGACAAAGACGAUGACUUCCGAGCUCCGCUUUAUAAAAACGUGGAGAUAAAGGGAAUUCAGGUGCGGAUGAAGUGGUGUGCCACGUGUCACUUCUACAGACCUCCGCGCUGCUCACACUGCAGUGUGUGUGACAACUGUGUGGAGGAGUUUGACCACCACUGUCCAUGGGUGAACAACUGCAUUGGCCGGAGGAAUUACCGAUAUUUCUUCUUGUUCCUGCUGUCUCUAAGUGCUCACAUGGUGGGAGUGUUUUCCUUCGGCCUACUGUUCGUCUUACACCACCUUGAGAGGCUGAGUGCGCUUCACACAGCUGUGACUCUUGUGGUUAUGUGUGUGACUGGCCUGUUUUUCAUCCCUGUUAUGGGCCUCACUGGGUUCCACAUGGUUCUCGUAGCCAGAGGACGAACCACAAACGAACAGGUGACAGGAAAGUUCCGAGGAGGAGUGAAUCCGUUCACUCGGGAUUGCUGUGGUAAUGUGAAACACGUCUUAUGCAGUCCACUUGCUCCUAGACAGCACAAGUAUAUCCGUAAGACGUCUGCUAAAGAUCUGGGAAACAUCUGCUGGUCUAAGACCAGCUUGGAUGGUGUGGAUGAUAAAAGUAUAGAUACACAACCACCUCUGCCGCCCAUUGUAAUGUCCGAGAACCGUAAGCCCUCUGCCGUUUUGGAGGAGAGAGUUCACGAUUACCGCUCCGAGCCGAAUCUGGACAUGCCAGACUACCGCGGCACUCCUCUCCACCGAACAUACCAGUCCUCCCCUUUCCAGCUGGACUCCUUCAGCACGACGUCUCGUUCAUUCAGUCUGAAGCAGGGAGUGAACAGGGCCGACCAGAUGCCACUGGGUGGCAGCAAACCAGAAACGGUCACUUCCACCCCUCACAAAGGAGUCUUCUCUCCUGGGACGUUAUCGGGCCGCAAUGGCAGCCUAUCCUACGACAGCUUGCUAACCCCCAGCGUAACGCCGUCUGUGGGCGAGUGUGCCGCUCACCCAGGAGUGCCCUCUAUGGGUUUUCAUUCACCUUACCUGCCCACUAAAAUGUGCCAUGUACGAGGGCCCGAGCUUCAGCGGCACAUCGGCCCGCCGUCCUAUAGUCCUGUGCACGUCGGAGCAAUGUACGGUCGCCAGUCGCUGCUCUCAAGAGACCGAGAUCCCUCACCCGUCCGCUACGACAACCUCUCCAAAACCAUCAUGGCUUCCAUCCAGGAGAGGAAGGAGCUCGAGGAGAGGGAGAAGCUCAUGCAUCGGCACGCUCAAGCCUACGCCAACGAUUCGGGUGUAUUUGACACCUGCAGCGGAGCCGCCUACGGACUCCCACCUGGCACAUGCUACCCCGACAGAUCCCGAGAGCCCACUCCUCCUGUGUGCGGCUCUCGGGAUAACUUGAUGGGAGUCGGGGUAGUGGGAUACCAUCCCCGAACACCCGUUCUGCGUUCCUCUGCAUCCUCGCUCUCCAGAGCACCGAGGACUUCCACGACGUCCCUCCACACCGAUGCAGGUGGUGCGAGCCGGACAGUCGAGCGCCAGUAUCGCUCUCCGGUGCACCAAACACACCACUCCCCAACAGCUGUGCCCCGUUCCCCGACGUAUGCGCAUCAGAAGGUCGCCUUCAUUAGCGCCCUGGAGAGGGCAGACUCGCAGCGUCUUGGUACAAGAGAGGGCCUCUGUCAAGGUAAAGUCAAUGGGCAACUAAAGGGCCAAGCACGUGACUGUCAUCUAGGGACUCCUUCUGGAACUCCCAGCAGACACGCCAAUGUCAAAAAGGUCACAGGAGUGGGCGGGACUACAUAUGAGAUUUCCGUUUGACGGACAGCUUGAAGAGCCACUGCCUGUGAGGAGAAGCACUGCCAUAGCAAUACUUGUGCUCAAGUUUCUCUUUUUUUUUUCACAGUUUGAAAAAAAAAUAAUAUUCAAAUGCCCGAUCAGGAGAAACACAGUUCUGAUGGGGAAAGUUUUUGCAUUGGCCAUUUCUUUGCUUAAGAGAUGGCAAGCAACUUUCCAUGUGACCCAGUGUAUAGUAUAACAGGAGUGCUUUGUCAAAGAAGCGUUGUAUGUUUUUAAAGUGUCAGCCAUCAGGAUAUAAAUCGCACACAACAGAAAAUAAUGGUUUAAUUGCUUAAAAUGGAAAUUUAAAAUAUAUAUACCAUCAAGGGCUGAAUAUGUACAGUGUCAGUUCAGUUGUUUGUAUAUAAAAUAUCAAAGUUCGCAUAUUGAAUGCAAAUGUGCUCAGUAUGCAGGUCUUUCACACACUUGAAUGUGAGUGUAUAUGUACUUGCCAGUAACUCUUUUAUGUUUUUGUGGUUAUGCUGAUCUAAUAAUCAGGGUUUCAUCUCAAAUGCAUUUCUCUGUUAAGCUAUCAGGUUCCAAACAAACCAUAACAGCACUUGUGUACUUUAAAAAAAAAAAAACGAAGCAGAAGUUUUAUUUUUCAAAUAUGGUGGUCAUUUACACGUUUUCUAAUGUAAAACUAUAAGCUGCCAUAGAAAUAAACAUAAAUGUGUAUAUGUAAAAAAUAUUGUUAUCACCAGUUUGUUAAAACUUUCUUUAAAACUUUGUCUUUCUUUAUAAAAAAAAAAAAGUAUUUUAUAGUGGGAAAAAAUAUGAAUAUGUAAACAGAAACACACCAUGUAUUAGCAGCACUGGCCACGUUAAAGCCAUAUUUUUACCUAAAGUCAUGAUCUUCGCAAACUCCAAGUUGUUUUAUUGCUUUACCAUUUCCAUUUAUUUGUAAUAGAUUAGAAAAGCAUAACAAUGGUAAUUCAUGGCUGCAUCCCAAAUAUUUUCAUUUCUUUUAUUUUUAUAAUAUAUUUUUUUUAACCCGACUUUCAAAAGAUUGGUAUA